AGACAGGCGUGAGCGAGGCCUGCAGUAAACAUCAAACGGAGUUAAUUCGCGUGCGCCCAGGAUACAAGAGCGCGCGAGCCGAGAGGAGAGAAUAAAGAUGGCGGAGGCAGCGGCGGCGGCUUCCUCACAAGCCCGGCUUCAGCAAGGCCAGAGCGGGGGCUCGGGUUCAGCCUCGGCUUCCGGAAGCAGCGACCCGGCGCGUCCCGGUCUGAGCCAGCAGCAGUGGGCGAGCCAGAAAAAAGCGCAAGUCCGCGCUUUCCCUCGGGCUAAGAAGCUUGAGAAGCUCGGAGUGUUUUCGGCUUGUAAGGCCAACGAUUCCUGUAAGUGUAACGGCUGGAAGAACCCUCAUCCUCCGACGGCCACCCGGAUGGAGCUCCAGCAGCAGGCGGCUGAUUUGAGCGAGGCCUGCCGCAGCUGUGGUCACGCCCUUGCGGAGCACGUGUCUCACCUGGAGAACGUCUCCGAGGACGAGAUCAACAGGCUGCUCGGGAUGGUGGUGGACGUAGAAAACCUUUUCAUGUCCGUGCACAAGGAAGAGGACACAGACACCAAGCAGGUCUACUUCUAUCUGUUUAAGUUGUUGAGGAAGUGCAUACUCCAAAUGGGUAAGCCAGUGGUGGAGGGUUCACUCGGAAACCCACCAUUUGAGAAACCAAACAUAGAACAGGGGGUGUUAAACUUCGUGCAGUAUAAGUUCAGUCACUUGGCUCCUAAGGAGAGGCAGACGAUGUACGAGCUGAGUAAGAUGUUCCUGUUGUGUCUGAACUACUGGAAGCUGGAGACGCCGUCUCAGUUCCGCCAGCGUGCCCAGAAAGAAGAUGCAUCUGCCUACAAAGUCGACUAUACCAGGUGGUUGUGCUACUGUCACGUGCCGCAGAGUAACGACAGUCUUCCUCGCUAUGAGACGUGUCAGGUGUUCGGCCGCAGCCUGCUCAAGUCCAUCUUCACGGUGACCCGCAGGCAGCUGCUGGAGAAGUUCAGAGUCGAGAAAGACAAACUGCCCCCGGAGAAACGCACGCUUAUUCUCACACACUUUCCCAAGUUUCUUUCCAUGCUGGAAGAAGAGAUCUAUGGAGAGAACUCUCCAAUAUGGGAUGCUGAAUUCACCAUGCCAGCGAAUGAGGGAGCCCAACUGGGGCCUCAGACAGUGUUGAGUCCAGUGGCGGUUACUGGUUCUCCUCUGCGUAAAGGUGCUGGUGGGCCUGCGCUGGACACAGCCUCCUCCGAACCCGUCACAGGAGAGAAGAGGAAGUUACCAGAAGCCCUGACGCUGGAGGAUGCUAAGCGGAUCAGGGUGAUGGGCGACAUCCCUAUGGAACUAGUCAACGAGGUCAUGAUGACUAUUACCGACCCUGCUGCCAUGCUGGGUCCAGAGACGAGUCUCCUGUCUGCGAAUGCAGCGCGGGAUGAGACGGCACGUCUGGAGGAGAGGCGAGGCAUCAUAGAGUUCCACGUGAUCGGAAACUCGCUCUCUCAGAAGUCCAACAAGAAGAUCCUGAUGUGGCUGGUGGGCUUGCAGAACGUCUUCUCCCAUCAGCUGCCCCGCAUGCCCAAAGAGUACAUCACACGUCUCGUCUUUGACCCGAAACAUAAGACUCUGGCUCUGAUUAAAGAUGGCCGUGUGAUUGGUGGGAUUUGCUUCCGAAUGUUCCCCACUCAAGGAUUCACAGAGAUUGUUUUCUGUGCUGUUACUUCAAACGAGCAAGUGAAGGGUUACGGCACUCACCUCAUGAAUCACCUGAAGGAGUAUCACAUCAAGCAUGGCAUUCUUUACUUCCUGACCUACGCCGAUGAGUAUGCCAUCGGUUACUUCAAAAAGCAGGGCUUCUCCAAAGACAUCAAAGUGCCAAAGAGUCGCUACCUUGGCUACAUUAAAGAAUACGAAGGUGCCACGCUGAUGGAGUGUGAGCUCAAUCCCAGAAUUCCCUACACAGAGCUGUCGCACAUCAUCAAAAGGCAGAAAGAGAUCAUCAAGAAACUGAUUGAGAGGAAGCAGAGCCAAAUCCGGAAGGUGUACCCCGGCCUCACCUGCUUCAAAGAGGGAGUCCGACAGAUACCUGUGGAGAGCAUUCCCGGCAUUAGAGAAACAGGUUGGAAACCCAGUGCCAAAGAGAAAAAUAAAGAACUGAAGGAUCCUGAUCUUCUGUAUAACAUCCUGAAAAAUCUUCUGGCCCAGAUUAAAACACACCCAGAUGCUUGGCCCUUCAUGGAGCCAGUGAAGAAAUCUGAAGCUCCAGACUACUAUGAGAUCAUCAGAUUCCCUAUCGACUUGAAGACCAUGACGGAGCGGCUGAAGAACCGCUACUACGUGACCAAGAAGUUGUUCAUCGCCGACCUGCAGAGAGUGAUCACCAACUGCAGGGAGUACAACCCUCCCGACAGCGAGUACUGCAAGUGCGCCAACACGCUCGAGAAGUUCUUCUACUUCAAGCUGAAAGAGAGCGGCCUCAUCGACAAGUGACCCAACACACAUCCGGCGGGAUCGAAAGGGACGGCAAACGUCAUCAAAAUCUCCCACUCAUGUAAAUACAUACAGGAUGGAACAAUCUGGGAUGUGUUUCAGGAGGAAGAGGCGUGAGUUCACAGGGCAUUAGAGAAAGUGAACCUCUGAGUGGGUUCGGCGUUAAUUCAGCAGGGGAGUAAAUGUUGUGGACGUUACUAUUGUUUCUGUUUGGUUUUGGCACAUUACGGUAUAUACGCGCACACUGUUCAGAGAUCGUCACGUCUCGUCAUACAGAAUAAGCCCGUUCGUAUCAGUACUCCAUCGUAACAGUUUGUACCACGGCGCUGUCGAAUGCUCAAUUGUGAUUGGUCAGCACGUAUUGAUUAAUUUGCUCCAUCUGCAGUUCUGACAGUAGUUUGGACUCAGAUGCUCAUUCAUAGUAACGAGUGUCCAAACUUUUGACUGGUACUGUAUAGAGAUAAUAAUAUACACAAGGACUGGUUGGGUGACUACGGAAGCCGCGAGAGGCCCUUCAUAUAAUCCUUUUUUUUUUUUAUUCACCUUGUUAU